AUGUUGACGUUAUCGAAGAAUGUAUUCAGACAUCGACGAUUUCGUACGCCGCUUGAGAACGCAUUUGUGGCAAUAACAAAGGAUGCAUCAUCGGCCUAUUAUCAUGUGAUGAGUCAAGGGACAGCUGAUUUGAUGCUCAGUGCCUGCGCUCACGUUUGGUGCGAUAAUGCACUGGAACCGUUCACCGAAAGCUUGCAUAAGCGAGUGCUCGAUUUCUAUCAAAGGAAUACUAUGACUGGAUUUUGUCUGGUUUUGGGCUAUCGAACACUGGGUUGCACCGUUUCGGACGUCCUCAGCGAGAGGUUCAUUGACAUCCCAUUACCGGAAAAAGUUGAAGCUUUCAAUGAGAAUCGCUCAUUGCCAAGAUCAGUUAGUCUGGACAUUGAAUGCCUGAAAACGUUCUAUCGUCAAAAACCGAUACAAACUGCGUAUGAAUGUUGCGAGGAAGUAAUGCGUGGACAAACACUGUGCGGCCUGGUCGUCUUCCAGCAUCAAGCGCGAAGUGAUGUGGUUGAAAUGGUGGAACAGCUGGAUCGCGCUUGCGUCCGUUUCGUCUAUUUCUCAAAAGAGAACGAAUUGCGUAGCCGAGUUUUCGCUGAGAAACUGGGUUUGGAAGCGGGCUGGAAUUGCCAUAUAUCGCUUGCGAAUGAAGGUAGAAAUUUUCAGAAAUUUUCAAACCGCAGCGCCGAAGCGGAGUUGUUGCCGCAGGCUUUCUCGACAAUCAGACAGCUUUCUUCGAAAUCGAAGUUCAAAAUCGGCGCUCGUUUUACUCAUGGAGCGAUGAGACAGCGCCUGAAAUUUUUCCAAACAAAGCAAAAUUGCCUUCCGGUCAGUGAUAAUUUGAAAAUGAGUUUUUACUUGACAGUAAGACGACAGGCAGUAUUUGUAAGAUCACUUGCUUCAGGAAUUGAUAACAUUCGACCUCAUCUGCAAAACGUUGACAACGUUCCACUGCUGGUUAGUCUGUUCACAGAUUGCAACCACCUGGCAAGUCGCGAAAUGAUUGAAAUAAUGCAGGUUCGAUAA